UCAGACAUGCUCACACUUCGUUUCCCAACAGCGGACACAGUUUAGUCACACCACAGACAGGGCAGAAGACGGUCUACCCCUCAGCCAACUGUUACCACCUUUGGAGAAGAAGUCCAAAAGCACAACCAUGGGGAAAGGAUGCAUCACAGUCACCAAGUAUUUUCUAUUUCUCUUCAACCUCCUCUUCUUUAUCUUUGGAGCAUUGAUCAUGGGCUUUGGACUGUGGGUUCUCUUUGAUAACCAGAGCUUCAUUGCUGUUCUGCAGGAAUCAUCAGACACAGUGAAAGUGGCUUCAUACAUCCUCAUCGGAGUGGGUUCACUGUCAAUGGCCAUGGGCUUCUUCGGCUGCAUAGGGGCCAUCUACGAAAUCCGUUGUCUGCUGGGUCUGUACUUCACAUGUCUCCUGCUCAUCCUCAUCGCCCAGGUCACCGCUGGAGUCCUCAUUUACUUCCAAAGAGAGCCGUUGAAAUAUGAGAUGUCCAACAUCAUAAAAGGCAUGAUAAUCAACUACACUGGCCAGAACAGGACCACAGAGCACACAUGGGACUUCAUUCAGAGGACGAUGAAGUGCUGUGGAUGGACUGGUCCAGGAAACUGGUCUGAGAACCUUUCAAUCAAGAACAGCUCCAAGAACCUCUACCCAUGUUCCUGUCGCAAUGAGAGCCUGUCUGGCACGGACAUCCAGGAAGUAGGCCUGUGUGAGCACAUGUCCACAGAUCUACCUGUCUAUGAAUCGGGCUGUAUGACCAGUGUGGAGAAAUGGCUCCUGGACAACUGUGGGGUUAUUCUGGGAAUGUGUGUCGGUGUGGCAGUUGUGGAGCUCCUCGGGAUGAUUCUCUCCAUGUGUCUGUGCAAGAGCGUCGUCCAGGAGGACUAUACCAAAGUACCGAAGUACUGAGCUGAAGACGGAGCCAGCUUCACACCACACACAGAUGGAUGGACUCUUUGCCUCUCUCUCCUUGUCUCACAUUCUUACACACACACAUACACACACACAUGCACACGCACACAUACACACAUAAGGUAAGACAGCUGUCUCUCCCAUUUGAGUGUCUCCUGCCUUGACAGCUGUGCAAAUGUCUCACACCCCAAAUGUCUCUCUCACACACACACACACACACACACACAGACACACACACCUCUCAAUCAAACUUGAUACACUUGUUGGACGUAAGUUCACAAGUUACCAUUGUUGUCUUAUCAUUUGUGUUUUCUAAGCAGACAUUUGUGAUAUUUUUUGGUGGAGGCCUGAGAAUUUUGUAGUUUGAUACUAUGAUACUAUGAUACUAUGCAGACGUUCAUUUAUAUGUUGUUUGUUUUCCUUGGCUGACCUCAAAGAAGCGCUUAACAUUGUAGUAGAGAGAGCACUUUAGUGACAUUUGGUGAGCUGAGAGCAGGAGCAUCUUCUGACUCUGGGGCAGGGAGAUGAGAGGGAGGUGGGAGGUCAUGGGUGUGUGCAUGGGAGACGCUUUUAAGGAUUAAUGCUACUCUGUGAUCCUGCAGCUGGUAUUUUUGGUGCACAGGGCGGAGGAGAGGCCCAGGGCAGGGCUGCUGUGGUGGAGGUUUUGGCUUCUAUCAUCAGCUCCUUGUACCCAGUAGUCCUAAUAUUAACACCCACCACCACCACCACCAGCUCCUCCCUCCCAGUAUCCAUCAUCUGUUAGCGUCUUUAAAACACAUCACUGUCCUUCUCUUGGGUGUGUGUGACUGGUAACCAGUAGCUUUCCAAAAUGACUAGUUUUGCAUGAAGUAAGUGUGUGUAUGAUGUAUUGAGUGAGUAUUUUAUUUCUUUUUAUUCUUUUUUUUUUAUAUUCUCAUGUCAUCUGUGUUUUUCUUUUUUAUUACAACUGUAUAUAUGACGUUAGUAAGGGAUUAUGGCACUUCAGUGCUUAGUCAGCAUUUUGUAUGGGAAAGCUAUCACCCUCAUACUCUUGUUUUAAGAGUGCUAUUGUUCUUCGUUUCCUUUCUAUGAUGUACAGAAUGUGGCUGCCACCGCAGCUCAUCAGCUUCAUUUUGGUCUGAAUCAGAGAAAUUGGAACCCUUAGAGUGAAUCAGUCAUCACUCUUGAAGCUAUGUUUUCAUUUCUUUAGAAUAGUUUGUGAACAGACAGUCUCUUGCCCUGAACAUCUUUAUUUAAGAUCCUCACACCUGCCUUCAUUUAGAAAAAUCUUGUUUUUUUUAAUUGUAGCAGUAACAUGAAAACGGCAGCUGUGUGACCACAAUGUAUCUUCCCUUUUCUGCAUGAUUGUUUGUGUUCCGAGAAAUUGUUUUGCACGGUUUAUAUUAUCAGUAACAACAGCAGAGAAAAAAGUUGGAGCUCACAGUGUUUGCAUUUUUUCAGAGGCUGCUAUGACCAAAAAAUGAUGUUCAUCAAUUCAUACUAUUGUUGCAAAAAAUGUUUUACAAAAACUUUGUGUGAGUUUCCUCAUCCCACUUAUUAUCCAUCUCAUUGUCUCAGUCCUCCCACUUCAUUUUGAACACACUACUAUGGCUGAAUUUAUGGUUAAUGUAGUGGAUAGAUUGCACUUUUAUGUGGCUUAUAGUUUUUCAUUUCAUCUCACAUUUUAUUUCAAAUCAUGUUCAUCAUGCUACAAUUACACCAGAGGGAGGAAACUGACCAUUGUAUAAAAGAACAGUUGCAUCUUUCACAAUUACAGUCAGCCUCUAUUUUAUGACCUGACAAAUUGAAACAUAAUUUAACUUAAUGAGAGAUGAAGGCUUUUUAUUGUGUUGAAGAUAUUUUUACACUUUUACAAAAAAAUGAAUGAUUUUGUGUCGUAGAAAAAAUAUAUGUGGACCUGUAAGCCAAGUUUGAAAACAUUGUGUAUUUGUUUUUAUUAUUGAGAACUAUUAAACUUAAAUUCACUAAA